AAAAAAAAAAAAGUUUUUUUUUAUAUUUAUAUAUACAUCUCUUUCUUUAAUAUACAACAUGGCAACCGAAAAAUUAAAAGGAUUUGAAUUUUUCAACAAGACAUUAGGAUCACCAAAAACAUUUUUGGCUCCCAUGGUUGAUCAAUCAGAAUUAGCAUGGCGAGUUCUUUGUCGACGCUAUGGAGCUGAUGUAUGUGUGACUCCUAUGUUCCAUGCUCGUCUCUUUAGUGAAAGUAAAAAAUAUCGAGAAGAACAAUUUACAACCAAUAAAGAAGAUCGACCUCUUAUUGUACAAUUUUGUGCCAAUGAUCCACAGAUUCUUUUAAAAGCAGCCAAACUUGUUGAAAACGACUGCGAUGCUGUAGAUAUUAAUCUCGGUUGUCCACAACACAUUGCGAAACGAGGUCAUUAUGGUUCCUUUUUACAAGACGAAUGGGAACUGAUUGCUUCUAUGGUCAGUCUAUUGGAUCGUGAAUUGGCUGUUCCUGUGACUGUCAAAAUUCGAUGUUUCCCCACUAUUGAAAAGACAGUUGCUUAUGCCAAAAUGAUUGAGGCUGCGGGUGCCCAGAUGUUGACUGUGCAUGGACGUCUUCGAGAACAAAAGGGCCAUAAUACAGGCUUAGCUGACUGGGAGAAGAUUAAGGCGGUUAAGGAAGCCCUCUCAAUCCCUGUCGUUGCUAACGGUAACAUUCUUUAUUACGAAGAUAUUGAGCGUUGUUUGAAGUUUACGGGUGCUGAUGCGGUCAUGACAGCAGAGGGUGCUCUUUAUAAUCCUACUAUUUUUUCAAAGCAGGCAUUGCCACCUUAUGCGUUUGAUAUUGCGUUAGAAUAUUUAGAGAUUUGUAAGAACUUAGAGAGCAAGACAAAUGGUGGAGCUAUUAAGGGACAUUUGUUUAAAUUAUUACACUCCACUUUGCCUUAUCAUACAGAAUUAAGAGCAAAAUUAGGAAAAGCACGUGAAUUAGAUGAAUAUUUCCAAGUUAUAAAAGACUUGAAAGAAAAAGUGUUGAAGGAUAUUGAAGAACAAGGUGAAGCAGAUGAUAUGCAAGGACAGGCUGAUGAAAAGGGAAUUCGUAAAUAUGCUUUCUGGAGAUGUCAGCCUUACUUUAGACCUAAGCUUCCUGAGAAUAAUAAUAAUAAUAAUACAAAAAAUGAUUCAAAGCGUAGCAAUGAAGAUGAAGAAGAAAAUAAGGAUACUAAUAAAAAAUUAAAAACACAGCAAGAAAACGAAAAUGCACCUGUAAAUACCACGAAUAGUAAUUAGAC